GAUUGGCUCUGCGGGAGCCGUGCGUCACUUCCGGCGGAAGGGGACGCGGGAGAUUCGACUGUGGGGAGCUGGUCGAGCCGCCAGGGGCUGAUUCCCCUUCGGUGUCAGGCCAUGAUAUAGACACAUGAAUAGAAGACAGAAAUUUCUUCUUGGCUCAGUACUUGCUCUCCAGAAUUCAAGUUUUAUAUAUCCAUCAUGUCAAAAAUGCUUCUCUCGGUUAAUCCUUGACUCCAAAAGGUCUACUUGUCCAAAAUGUGGCUGUACAGGUGAAGCUGGAAAUGCCAGUUACAGAUAUAAACUCUCGUUAAAAGUUGCAGAAUCAAACAAAUUACAUGUCAUUACUGUAUUUGGAAACUGCUUAGAUAAAUUCUUUGGACUUACUGCCAUUGGCUUGCACAGGUUCCUUCAAGAUUCUGAUAAAAUUCCAGAAACACUGGACAGUGGUACAACACAGCACUUACUAACUAAAGCAGUUAAAAAUUGUUUCGUUGGGCAAAGCUUUAUUUUUGGAGUGACGAACUCUGGAAAUCUAUGUGGACAUGGUUCAGACUACAGUAACUUCUGUCAGCAGUGCUGUGAAAACAGAAGAGAAGUCGGAGCACUAGUAGCUUCCCAGAUUGUCCUACCUGACCCGCAUGUUGCAGGCUUCACUGUCAUUGACUAUUUCCAUCAGUUUUUGCAGACUUCCAAUUUCAAGAAACAUUGUGACUCCCAGGAAACUAGUAGCUACUUACAUGCUUUGGACCAUUCAAGCAGUGAUCCCAGUAGCAGCAUAUGUGGCUCUGAAAAUGCUUCCCAUCUUCUCUGGUCCUGUGACAAAAACAGUUCUUUAAGGGUUUGGCAGCCUUCACUUGAACUCACUUCUGUUGAUUCAGAGCUAACAGAUACUGAUCUCUCAGCUGCACAACACAGCGUGGUCCAUGGUACACCUCACCAAAACAGACAGUACAGCUCCUUUGCAGAUGUCACUAGUUCCAGGAAUUGCCAGGAUCUCCUUCAAGAUUCAUGGAGCUUUAUUUCAUAUAUGGACAAAAAGAGUGCAGCAAGAAAGCUGGGUAAAGAACUUGUCUUACAAGCUAAUCAUUUUAGUGCAGUUAGCAUUGGUCGCCAUGAAAGUGGAGUUUCUAAGUCUAAUUUACCCACCUUGGAAAUACAGGAGCUAUUGGAGGAGGGUAAAAUGGAAUCCUCCAGUAUAGCAGGAAUUAAAAAUAUGGAUUUAUCGUAUGAGCUCCCAUGCUACCAGCAUUGUGAUGUAGGAACCACCACUGUCCUUCAAGAGAGAUCUGCAUGUUGGUCACCUUCAACACUUAGACUUGGAGAGAUGGCUGGUGCUUCUCAGAAUUGUGAUUCCUUGAUGUGGGAUGACCUGCCAUUCUCUGAAAGCCUCAACAAGUUUCUGACAGCUGUUGAAAGUGAGAUUGCUUUAUCUCAGACAGAUGCCAAGAAUAGAAAACACAGUGUAGAUAAUGACAUGGAUCAGUUACAUGCAGACCAGAGAAGGCUCUGUGUUUCUCCACAGAGAAGUACUGGAUCCCAUAACAUACCAGCUAUAUGUUUUCAAUCAUCACAAGCAAUGGCCAAAGAAAAUUCUAGCAAAGAUAACUUAUUUUCCAACUGCGAGUCAAAUCCAAGUCCUGGGAUUCAAAAGGAGUCACAAGAUAACACAGAAGAGACCAUCUAUAGAAGCAAUAAUGGCAGAGACAUUUCAGAAUAUUUUCUACCAAAUAUUUAUCUGUCAGCUGUGUUUACAUCUUCAAAAAAUAUGAAAACAUCAGUCACCAUUAAGAGCACUACCAAGAUCCUACCACAUAGGAGUGGAAUUUCUCUAAGGCCCAGUAUCUCAGAGAGUGAUUAUUGUCUCAGUAGCAAAUAUCUUAAUGGGUGUGAAGAAAAAUCACUUUCAGAAAUGAAUAUAGAAUGGACAACUUUGUGUUCCAAUAAGUACAAUGAUUCUUUUUUUUGCAAAUCAGAAAAUAAGCAGAUCUAUGGGUGGCCAAAGGGCCAAGAUGGCAGUUUUGCCAUUUGUAGAAAACUUACAUAUCCUCUAGAAAGUUUUUGCAGUACUCCAAGGAGAAGUACAAAUACACUGAAAAAAAUAUCUUAUGGAUGCACUAAUAACUUUACACAGAGUUAUUCUGGUCAUGAAGGUAGCUACGAUGCAUCUGCUGAUCUUUUUGAUGAUAUUGCUAAAGAUAAGGAUAACAUAACAGAAAUCACCGAGACAUCACAAGAUGUUGUGUUACCUUGGGAUGUGUCUAAGGCAAAACCUCAUCCUGCAGGUAAAAACUAUAGACAGCCUUCACAAAAAUUAUCUUUGCAAAGUGUGUCAGCCUCUCGAUAUCCAAGACCAUAUUCUCCUCUACCUCAUAAUCAGUUAGAUUCAGAAUGUGAUCUCGAAGAUAGCCAAGACUUUAUUCCAUGUUCACAAUCAACUCCUGUUUCAAAUACCCACCAGAGAAUUUUUAGGCUAAGUGGAGCUUUCCAAAAAUUACCUUCCUUUUAUUCAGAUCUUGAUACUAACUAUAAAAAAACAAAAUUCUGUCCUGGAAAUGACAAACAAGCCACCCCAACCUGCCCAAAGAAUGUAAACACACCUAGCCAGAAAUGCCGAAAUCCUGUUAUGUCUAGUGUUACACAGCUAGGUGUUUUCAACCUCUGCACUACUGCUGAGUGCCUUGAAACUGAGGGUGAUGAGUGGGUUCCUCCUACCCCCCAGAAAGUAUUUAUUUCAGAUAUGCCUGAGUUCAAAUUCAUGGGCUUAAGGAAGUGCCUUGUUGCUCAUCAUUCCCCAGACCAAAAAGAGUUACCAAGAAAGAAAAUGAUACAAGUCAGGCAGAAAACUGAACUUCUAAUUAAGGAGUUAAAGAAAAUAUUAGCAACAGUUGAGAAAUAGAAAACUAAACUAGAAAUCAUCAGGUUGGAAAUGGAAAAAGCCUAUUUUUGGACUAGAUUCUUUUUCAGAAGUCAAAUGUUGCCCUCCAUUUUUCAGUAUACUGUCCACCUGUGUCUAAAACUGAGAGUGGCUAGCCAUCUGAGUCCAGUUCCUGAAAAUUGACAUUAAUCUGUCUGAAAGUGUUACCUCCAGUAGCACAGAAAGGAUGUUACAUUGUGAACAUUCAUGGAGAUAUAAACAGAGAAGGGAGAGUUCUCAGUGCUAUUGGUUAUUUAAAAACCAUGCCAAGAUGGGCAUGGUUGUGCACACCUUGAAUCCCAUCACUCAGGAAGCAGAGGUAGGGGAAUCGCCAUGAGUUCGAGGCCACCCUGAAACUACAUAGAUCCAGGUCAGCCUGGGCUAGAGUGAGACCCUCAAAAAAUAAAAUUAAUUAACAAAAACUUCAAGCCACUGUUUUCCCAGUUUUUUCCAGAAUACAUUUAGAUAACUGAGCACUUUAUCUUCUGUUGACUAUAGUAGUACUUUUUUACCCUUUAAAAACUUUAUUAUUAAAAUCAUAUGUAGAUCCAGAAAUAAAAUACUUUUUUUAAUUUUCA